UGAAGAGGCAGCAUCACCCCGGCCCAUGUCUGUCCCUCAAGGCUGGUACCUAUGGGCAUGGAUGGUGAUUGGUGAGGCCGAGGUUCCCCCUCACCGAGUGCUGAGUCACGGGCAUCCCCCAGGGUCACAGCCUCCGCUCUACCCCCUCCUUCUGAGAAAUCCAUGACUCACCUACUCAAUCCUGUCAUCCCAGCCCAGCCUGUUGAAGAGGGAGGAGCCCAGCUGGGGCAGGAGGAGGUGUCCCCCCACAAACAGCCAGCCAGCUCCUCCCCUGGCUCCUUUCACGCUGGCGGCCGCCCUGCUCUGCGGCAGGAGAGCAGGAGAGGGACCUGGGCCUCCCACACCCACUUACCAGCUGUGCUCACGGACAGCAGGACCGGGACCAGCAGGUUGAACCUCAGAGGUGGACCUGGCAAGGUGGUCCAGGCACCCCAUCCUUCACAAGACCCCCAACUGGCACUUGGUACCUGGCCAAGGACUCAACAGCCCCCCAGGUGGUGACUUCUAGGGCUGGCUUCUGGGAGGAACGAUGGCUGUCCAAGUGCCCCUGCACACGGCGCUGUCCCUGCUGAGUCUGCUCUUCCUGGCUCAAGGUGCCCAUGGCGGUGGCCCCCGGGAAGACUUCCGCUUCUGCGGCCAGCGGAACCAGACACAGAAGAGCAGCCUCCUUUAUGAGAGGACGCAGGAGCGGCACAUUGCCAUCAAGAACUCAGAGGAAGUCCUCACCAUCCACGCCCCCUUCCCUGCAGCCCAGGAAGCAUCCUGGCUCUUCCCGGACCCCAGGGGCCUCUACCACUUCUGCCUCUACUGGGACCGCCACUCGGGGAAGUUUCAUCUCCGCUAUGGCAGGCACGACUACCUGCUGAGCAACCAGGCCUCUGGCUUGCUCUGCUUCCGGCACCAGGAGGAGAGCCGCGCCCAGGGACCCCCACUGCUUGCCACCUCCGUCAGGUCCUGGUGGAGCCCGAAGAACAGCAGCCUGCCCGGGGCCUCCGGCUUCACCUUCUACUUCCAUGACCCCCCUCAGAGGGCCUCCACCAACGCCUCGGUGGACAUGUGCGAGCUGAAGCAGGACCUGCAGCGGCUCAGCCAGCUCCUGAAGCUGCCACAGAAGGCUUCACGCAGGCCAGCAGCCACCCUUGCCAGCCAGCAACUGCAGAGCCUGGAGUCGAAGCUGUCCUCAGUGAGGUUCCCGGGGGACACGCUGUCCUUUGAGGAGGAACGGGUCAAUGCCACAGUGUGGAAGCUGCGGCCCACAGCUGGCCUCCAGGACCUGUACAUUCACUCCAGGGAGGAGGAGGAGCAGAGUGAGGUGCUAGAAUACUCGGUGCUGCUGCCCCGUGCGCUCUUCCAGCGGACAAAGGGCCGGCGCGGGGAGGCUGAGAAGAGACUGCUCCUGGUGGACUUCAGCAGCCAAGCCCUGUUCCAGGACAAGAAUUCCAGCCAAGUCUUGGGCGAGAAGGUCCUGGGGAUCGUCGUGCAGAACACCAAAGUGACUGCUCUCCCGGAGCCCGUGGUGCUCACCUUCCAGCAUCAGCCACAGCCGAAGAACGUGACUCUGCAGUGCGUGUUCUGGGUGGAAGGCCCCACUUUGAGCAGCCCGGGCAGUUGGAGCAGCGCUGGGUGUAAGACCCACCGGAAAGAGACCCAGACAUCCUGCCUGUGUGACCAUCUAACCUACUUCGCAGUGCUGAUGGUCUCCUCUGUGGAGGUGGACACCGUGCACAAGCACUACCUCACCCUGCUGUCGUACGUGGGCUGUGUCAUCUCUGCGCUGGCCUGUGUCUUUACCAUCGCAGCCCACCUGUGCUCUAGGAGGAAGCCCCGGGACUACACCAUCAAGGUGCACAUGAACUUGCUUCUGGCCGUCUUCCUGCUGGACGUGAGCUUCCUGCUCAGUGAGCCGGUGGCCCUGACAGGCUCCCGGACAGCCUGCUGUGCCAGUGCCAUCUUCCUGCACUUCUCCCUGCUCGCCUGCCUCUCCUGGAUGGGCCUCGAGGGCUACAACCUCCACCGCCUCGUGGUGGAGGUCUUCGGCACCUAUGUUCCCGGCUAUGUGCUCAAGCUGAGUGCUGUGGGCUGGGGCUUUCCUGCCCUCCUGGUGAUGCUGGUGGCCCUGGUGGAUGUGAAUAACUAUGGGCCCAUCAUCCUGGCUGUGCACAGGACUCCGGAGAGCGUCAUCUACCCGUCCAUGUGCUGGAUCCGGGACUCCCUGGUCGGCUACGUCACCAACCUUGGCCUCUUCAGCCUGGUGUUCCUGUUUAACCUGGCCAUGCUGGGCACCAUGGUGGUGCAGAUCCUGCGGCUGCGCCCACACAACCAGAAAUGGCCUCAUGUGCUGACGCUGCUGGGCCUCAGCCUGGUCCUCGGCCUGCCCUGGGCCUUGAUCUUCUUCUCCUUUGCCUCUGGCACCUUCCAGCUUGUCAUUCUCUACCUCUUCAGCAUCAUAACUUCGCUCCAAGGCUUCCUCAUCUUCCUGUGGUACUGGUUCAUGCGGCUGCAGGCUCGGGGUGGCCCAUCCCCUCUGAAGAGCAACUCGGACAGCGCCAGGCUCCCCAUCAACUCGGGCAGCACCUCGUCCAGCCGCAUCUAGGCCACCAGCUCAGCUGCCCCAUGUGAGGAUGUGGAGCUGCCCACAACCCCUGGCUCUGGCUUGAGAAGGCCCUGGACCCUAGAGAGAUGCGCUCUUGCCGGGUGACUAGACCUGACCGUGGGGAUGACUCAACUUCCAAGUUUGGCCCCAAAAGGGCUCAGGCGCACCACCAUUCUAGCUGUGGGACUGUCCUGUCCCCACCCUGGUGCUGAAGCCUUGUGUUCCCCAGCCACACCUCCCUUGCUGAUGGUUGGGGCCUGCAAGCCUCAGAGUCAGGCCGGGGCAUUGGAGGCUUGGCACAUUCUUACCUCUGUGACCCCACCCAGGACAAAGAUGUAGCUAUAGCUGCUCUGUGCCUGGUGGUCACCAUGUAGGAUCCGUGGCCCCUGUCAUUCUAACCCCGGGGCACCCAGGACAGGUCGGUGGAGCAGAGCCCCCAGGAAGAGGGGCUCCGGGAGCACAGCAGCACCCACCUAUCUCUGCACCAGGCUCUGUCCGCCAGCUCCCAGGCUUUCCUCUUGCUUCCCUCUCCCCAAUCCUUCCCUGUGGUCACCCUAGUCUUACCCCAGUACCUAAGUCCCCAGUUUUGGGCAGCGGUUUCCAAGAGCUGCCUGGUGCCUGCUGUAAAUUUUUGUCUACUCACUGCCCAGGCCUCUGCCUGUCUGUCUGUGGCUGGGCUCAGCAUUGAUGCCCGGGCUGGACAGGUCCCUCCACUGGAGCCUCUCUCUGAGCUGCCUCACCCCCAUUCACAUCUCAAAGGGACCCUGGCCUCUCCAGAAGCUUUCCCGUGGCCAGAAUUGUGGGACCUAGCAGUCUGGCUUUAUUUCCCUCCCAACACUCAGAAGGCUGAGGUGUCCUGUGGUGAGGCUGAUCUGGACUUGACUCUCCUAAACGGUCAUCUCUGAAUCCUUGAAAGUGGCCCCGGACAUGCUCAGUGCCCAUCAUGGUGAAUUCUACCUGACAGACAUACACUGGACAAUCAUCAGCCUGUACUAGGUGAUAGGGACACAGAUUAUUAGAUCUCAACACUCCCCUUGCAAAUCUCAGCCUAGUAUGUGAGUCCCAGGCAUCGGUUGGGGUACCGUCUUUCCUGGCUGGGAACCCAGGGAGACUUCUGGCAGGAGGUGGCACUGGAUCUUGACCUCAGCCAUAAAAAUGAGGAAGAUGUGUUUUUUAGUAUUUAGUAUUCACUUGUCUUUUGAUAUGAAAAAUAAGUAUACAUCUGUUGUAGAGGAUUUGGAAACUGUAGAAGACUGUCAAGAAGAAAAAUAAAAGCCAGCUCUUGUUGUCUAAGAAA